CUGCCACCGUCACUGGCACUGUCACUGGCACUGGCAGGGCACAGCGAUGAUCCGCUGGUUCUGUGGGGCUGGCCCCGGCUGUGCUCCUGCACCCCCAGCCCCCAGGGUGCAGGGACAAGGAGAGCUGGCACUGAGGACAUGGAGCCUUUCACAGAGCGAGAAGGAUGAUGACAAAGCCUCGAGGAGCAGCGCGGUGCUGGAAGGUGACAGGAGCGAUGUUCUCUCCCUGGACCUGGCCCCUGAUGGCCACAGGGGCCUCAUUCAGCCUAAGAAGGUGCCAAACCCGAUGCGGGAGUCCCGGAGCCACCGGGACCUGCACCGGGAACUGCUCUUCAGCCACAGCAGGGGGAUCCUGCCCCGGCACAGGGCCGAGCUCCCGCGGGUGCUGGAGAGCCUCCGGCUGAGGCAGCUGCGGGAGGAGCUGCGGGGGCCCCCGUCCGACCUGGAGCAGCAGCUGAGGAAGCGCCACCAGAGACUUGAAGAGCACGAGCGGGAGGUGGCUGGGCCAGAGCCGGACCCUCGCCCCGAGUUCCUGCUGGUGAGGGACAGCCUGCGGAAGAUGAAGCUGGAGGAGGCGGGUGCCCGGCAGACUUGAGCGGAAGCCAGCCCAGCAGAGCUCCCUGAGGCCCCCGGCACACACUGGGCUGCCCCCGUCCCCAGCACAUCCUGGGACUGGGAACGGCACCCAGCGCUGCCAUUCUGGGUGAGCUUGUGGUCAGGGAUGAGUACUGGAGCCUUGGUGUCCCCAUGCCAGUGACAACCAGGGUGCCAGGGCUGGAAGGAGCUGAUAAAGCCAGGGCAGUGCCACGGGUGAUGUGGAGGAUGCAGGCAACACUCUCCCCCUGACCUGCACCUGCCCUGGCUCCAUGAACCAGAAAACAUCAAAUAAAGUCUUUUAUUUGUU